GAUCAAAGGAAAACAAGAGCAACGGCAAUUGGUAAACAGGGACCUUCAUGACGUGGGAUUUACCAGAGCAAGGGUUAACUUGGAAAUAACUGUGGAUGAAAGACCAGUUUAGAAUAUAAUUCCUCUUAAGAGUAGUCGAUGCAUUGAAGACUGACAAUGCAUUUGGGCUGUGAUUCGUCGGUCUAAUUACACACGCGAUAUUAUUUACUGGAGGAGGAAGGAUUUGAAUUAUCCACGUUCACAACCGUGGUGUAUUUCAUAUAAACCAAAGGGGCGAGUAGGCAAAAGGCGAAUAUACUGCAGAUGAGCUUUGUCUACUGAAAAGUGACGCAUUAUUUAUUUAUGAUGACAACACAUUGGAUUUUAGGGCUUCUUGUUUUAGGGAUGCCAAAGUCGGAGAGCCAAGUCAGUGAAACAAUAACCCUCACGGAUGAUAUUUGCGGUGGCAUUUACUUCAGCUUGAAAAAGAACCAUUAUCUAGUGUGGGACGGAUCACACAUCGGUAAGGACUCAAUCUUUAACCUCUGGCGCAACAAAGACUCUGUGAGCUGUAAAGUCUCUUUUGACCCCGCUAUACACUAUACGGUGUGCGUGACAGUUGAAAGGUUCCACAUUGAGGAUUGUGAUGCAUCUGUUAAUUAUUACCAUGAUGGUGACUCCGAAAUAAAAGCGACAUACGGAUGCAACGCAACUGCAGGCUCAUUCUGCGGGACUGGGAAAGGUGUGGAGAUAGAAGUGUCCUACAAAUGGGCAUCUCCUCCAGGAUCUUCAGACUACUUUAAACUGAAAAUAAAUUUGCAUAAAAAAAAGGAAAGGGACUGGACUUUACUACUGCCCCUCAUCGUUCCGCUGUCUGGCAUGGUCGUCAUUAUCCUAAUCAUUGUGAUCGUCAAACGUAUAACGAAGUCAAAGUGUCUGGCGUUACGGAAGUCCAAUACUACUCAUUCCCGUCUCGUCAACGAACCAACAGAACCAACUCAGCCCAGCCUUGAAAAUAACUGUUCCUAUUCCAUGAACGAACCGGCCACAAGAGAGUUCACGGUGACCCUUCCGGUCGUUGUGAAUGUUCGCUAAUUAGCUCGUCCUACCUAAAGACAGAAUGGAAAUAUCUUCUUUUUAUUGCUUUCAAGUAUGCAGGAGAAAGAGAGAGAGAAAAAAGAAUACCAAAUAUCUCUUUAAGACUGUAUGGUUCCUUUACCGUGGUGUUAAGAAGCGUGUAUUUUGGAUUUAAAUUUGGGAGAGUAUAACUGUCGUUUGCAAUUAAAAUUAUGGUUUAAAAAAUUGAAUAAUUGCUUAAAAGGGAUGCUGUAUAAAAUGAACUAUGUGUAUACUUAAUUGCAUUUCUUCAUCAAGAAUUUCAGCACAAGUAAAAAUGUAUACUGGAAAAUGAUAGAAAAUGUACUCAUACGUAAAAAUUCAUUGCUCACAAAUUUUGGACUUAAAGUUAUUGUUUCCUUUUUGUAUUAAAAACCCUAUAGAAAUGACAAUGUUACAAUUCAAACAAAAGCGAAUUUGUUUUGUAAAUUCGAGCGUUACGUUUCGUAUUGCGGAAAAAAUGAUUUCAUAUUGAAUUGAAUUUGACCAUUGUUUCUUUUCUGAGGAAGUUUUAACCGCGUAGGCCAGAGGCCUGCUUUAUAAAUCAAUGUGUCAUAUGUAUUAACAAUUUUUCAUUCAUUUUACCCCUCAUAUUUACAUGUAAGAAGAUAUCUACUUCGUGCACAUUUUUUUUUUAAAUAAAUGGUAAAACUCAGUGCAUGUGUAAUAAGGAUAUAUUUACACCAACAAUUCAUUUGUCAUAUUUUACUAAUAUUAAAUGGAAUUGAAAUUGAGAACACUUACUUGCUCAUUAAGUAGAAGAUAAGAUAAGAUAUUCUAAUAUUCCUCCAAAUUAAUGGAGAGUAUUAUGAAAUCAAAUUACAAGUUUAUGUACAGUUGAUAACAAACUUAGAACAUAAUAUUACCUUAAGAAUAGACAGUUAUAUGAUAUGAAAAUUGUUCAGUUAUGUACACCACGAAGUACCCUUUGUUUAUAUACAGUGUAUAUACAUAUGUAUGCAACAGUUAACAUUUUUCCAUUAUGUAAACGGUAUUUUUUCAAAGCUUGUUCCAUUGAUAAACCCCAUUAGUGAUAAAAAUUGCAGCGCCAGAUCCUCAUUAACAGAUAAAACAUACUCAUAUGCAUUCAUAUACAUGAAUAUAGACUAUAUAACGCUGUAAAAGAGUAAAAAAGAAUGAAAUAUUAUUUUUUCAAUACAAUUGAAAGCUGAAACAAAAAGUUCUUUUUGUUGUUGUGUGUCAGUUGAAUACAAGUCAUUUUUUGAAGAACUAAACAAGCGAACACACUUAUAAACGCCAGCGUUUAAAGCAGUACAUCGACUUUCGGCUUAAAGAACUAUAUAUGAUAUGAGUUAAAUUUGGUCCCCAUAAUUUGCC